GAGCUUGUGACUGAAACUUUCACUUUUCAUUACAUGUGGUGUUUUAUUUGUUUACAAAAAAUCUUAUCCACGGAAUGAAUCUAAUUUCGAUUCUAUGUUGUCAUAAAUUACUGUAGUUUUAUAUCGAACUGUGGUUAACAUUAUUCUUAGAAGAAUUUCGUUUCCUUUUAACCAUGGGAAGAAACAAAGUCAAAGAAGUGAAUUUUUCAAAGGAUGAGUUAAUGGUUAUGACGGUGGCUGAAAUUGUUCAAGAGCUUAUCAAGGCACACAAAAAUAAUUCUAAUAUCAAUUUGAAUAGGGUGAAAUGUGAAAUUUCAUCUAAGUACGGAUUAGAGUCUCAGCCACGCCUUGUUGAUAUCAUUGCUGCCGUGCCUUCUGAUUAUAAAAAAGUUCUCCUUCCUAAAUUGAAAGCUAAACCUGUUAGGACUGCUAGUGGCAUAGCAGUUGUUGCGGUUAUGUGCAAGCCACAUCGUUGUCCCCAUAUAAAUAUGACUGGUAAUGUGUGUGUAUACUGUCCUGGUGGUCCUGACUCUGAUUUUGAAUAUUCUACUCAAUCAUACACAGGAUAUGAACCUACAUCAAUGAGAGCUAUUAGAGCGAGAUACAAUCCUUUUCUGCAAACAAGAAAUCGAUUAGAUCAAUUGAAACAGCUCGGCCACGAUGUUGACAAAGUAGAGUUUAUUGUAAUGGGUGGCACGUUCAUGGCACUUCCCGAUGAUUAUCGGGACUAUUUCAUCAGAAACCUGCACGAUGCUCUGUCUGGUCACACGAGUACAUCAGUGGAGGAAGCGGUCAAAUACAGUGAGAGAUCUUCUACAAAAUGUAUUGGGAUUACAAUAGAAACAAGACCUGACUAUUGUUUGAAAAGACACUUAAGUGAUAUGUUGAAGUAUGGUUGUACCAGGCUAGAAGUUGGUGUACAAAGUGUUUAUGAAGAUGUAGCCCGUGAUACAAACAGAGGGCAUACAGUUAAAGCUGUUACUGAAACAUUUCAACUCUCUAAAGAUUGUGGUUUUAAAGUUGUGUCUCACAUGAUGCCAGAUCUGCCAAAUGUUGAUUUUGAACGAGAUAUUGACCAGUUUGUUCAAUUCUUUGGUGACCCCGCAUUCAGGGCAGAUGGUUUAAAAAUCUACCCGACUCUUGUGAUAAGAGGAACCGGGCUGUACGAGUUGUGGAAAACCGGGAGAUACAAGAGUUACCCUCCCAGCACACUCAUAGACCUCAUUGCUAAAAUCUUAUCUCUAGUACCACCUUGGACUAGAGUAUAUCGUGUACAGAGGGAUAUUCCGAUGCCCCUCGUGAGUUCUGGAGUAGAGCAUGGCAAUUUGAGAGAGUUGGCUCUUGCAAGGAUGAAAGAUCUUGGCCUGAAGUGCAGGGAUGUCAGAACAAGGGAAGUGGGAAUUCAAGAAAUUCACAACAAAGUCCGACCUGACAAAAUUGAACUGAUUCGUCGAGAUUACGUAGCCAAUGGAGGUUGGGAAACAUUCCUGUCCUACGAAGACCCUGAACAAGACAUCCUGGUCGGCUUACUCCGCUUGAGAAAGUGUUCAGACGACACUUUCCGACCAGAACUGAAAGGUGGUGUCUCUAUAGUUAGAGAACUUCAUGUUUAUGGAAGUGUUGUUCCUGUAAGCUCUAGAGAUCCUACCAAAUUUCAACAUCAAGGUUUUGGGACACUUUUGAUGGAAGAAGCAGAAAGAAUAGCCUCACAAGAACAUGGUUCACAUAAAAUAGCUGUCAUUUCAGGAGUUGGCACCAGAAAUUAUUAUAAGAAACUAGGCUAUGAACUGGAAGGUCCAUACAUGUGUAAACAGUUAUCUUGUAGCGAAUGUUGAAAAAAAAGCAAUUUUAAUGUAAAUUGUACAUAUUUAUUUCAAAAUAAAAAUUAUUGUUGUUG